GAAAUCAUCAAGGCUAUAUUACUCUGCCAAGAAAGGGCAAUUCCAUGGCAAGUUUGUUCCAGUUACGCUCCGAAAAGCUAUUUUCUUUUGUGAAUCUUCAGGAGAAAAUAAUACAACCGUUUGUUUGAGGGUCCAUCACCCCACAGCAUUUCACCCACCGGCCAAACGGUGUCUGCCCAACUGCAUUGGUCCGUCGGGAUUUUUGCUAACUAUCACAACGAUACCAUCGUUCUGUUUCUCUAUGUAGCUAACCGGCAACAUCAGCGAUACUUCAAUGCCUCAAGUGGCUAUCGCGCGGAACACCAUUAACGUUAGUUGACAGUUGCACUUUGUGACAAGUUGUCUGCUCUCCUGAGGUAGACCACUGAUGGAGCAGCAGCCAAUAGGCUCUGGGGACAGUCUUCGUCAUGUUUCCGUGUGUUUCCUCCUGGCCCUCUGCUGAGCCCCCGUCGCCCUGUGGCCAUGCCCCCCAGCCCACACACACUCACACACAGCCCCUGCUGUGCAGUGGCCCUGCCCCAACAAUGAACCCUCACCCCCACCCUGUCCCAGACUACAUGGAGUCCCUCAUCGUGGUGACCGAGUACGAGCCCAAGGGAGGUGAGGAGGUGGAGGACAUGGACAGCUCCGAGACCCCUGAGCCUGGCGCACCCCUCUUCAGAACCCCCUCCUGCGACCAGCUGUCCCAUGCUGUGGGCCGCCCCGUGGCCCUGUUCCCCAAGCCCCAGGAGCACCGGGGAAGACUAAACCUGUCGGACAGGAAGCUGUCCCUGCAGGAGCGCUCCCAGACGGCCUUGUCUCCCUGUGGCUCCCCAGGGCUCAACGGCCACUUCAUCUACCCCUCGCUGCCCUACUCGCCCAUCACCUCGCCCCACUCCUCCCCCCGGCUGCCCCGUAGACCCACUGUGGAGUCUCACCGCGUCUCCAUCACUGACCUGCAGGACUGUGUGCAGCUCAACCAGUACAAGCUCAAAGAUGAAAUCGGAAAGGGCUCAUAUGGUGUUGUCAAGCUGGCCUACAAUGAAGACGACAACACCUACUAUGCAAUGAAAGUGCUGUCCAAGAAGAGGCUGAUGAGGCAGGCAGGUUUCCCACGGAGACCGCCCCCCCGCGGCGCCAAAGCAGCCCCUGAAGGCCCCCCUCAGCCCAAAGGACCCCUGGAACGGGUCUACCAGGAGAUUGCCAUCCUGAAAAAGCUGGACCAUCCCAAUGUAGUGAAACUGGUAGAGGUUCUGGAUGACCCUGGUGAGGACCAUCUGUACAUGGUGUUUGAGUUGGUCAAACAGGGGGCUGUGAUGGAAGAGAUGCCCACAGACAAGCCGCUGAAUGAAGACCAGGCACGGUUCUACUUCCAAGACCUGCUCAGGGGGAUUGAGUUCUUGCAUUACCAGAGGAUCAUCCACCGGGACAUCAAGCCCUCUAACCUCCUAGUUGGGGAGGACGGUCAUAUUAAGAUCGCUGACUUUGGGGUCAGUAACCAGUUUGAGGGGGCAGACGCCCUUCUGACCAGCACGGUGGGCACGCCCGCCUUCCUCGCCCCAGAGACCCUCUCCGAGACCAGGAAGAACUUCUCUGGCAAGGCAUUGGAUAUUUGGGCCAUGGGAGUGACGCUCUAUUGUUUCGUGUUUGGAGUGUGUCCCUUUAUGGACGAACGCAUCCUUAGUCUUCAUCAGAAGAUCAAGACCCAGCCAGUGGAGCUGCCAGAGCAUGCAGACAUAUCUGACGAUCUAAAAGAUCUGCUACUGAAGAUGCUGGACAAGAAUCCAGAGAGCAGGAUAUCAAUACCACAGAUUAAGGUGCACCCAUGGGUGACGAGGCACGGAGCGGAACCCCUCCCUCUGGAGGAUGAUAACUGCUCCAUGCUGAUUGAGGUGACCGAGGAGGAGGUGGAGAACUCUGUCAAACACAUCCCCAGUCUGGCCACUGUGAUCCUGGUGAGGACCAUGCUGAGGAAGCGCUCCUUUGGGAACCCCUUUGACUGGGGCCGUCAGAGGACUGAGGACAGAGGCACCAGUCUGUCUGCACCGGGGCACAUGCUCACGAAACAAGAGAGCAUGGAGGGCAUGAGAAGUAUGGACCUGCCCUUCGUGGGAGAAGAUGAGGCUCUUUCCUGAUGCCAUGUGGUUUUUAAGCGCAAGGGUUGGGGCAUGCUAGUGACUCGACUUGCAGUCCGCCCUCAAGCCCACCCUUCACUCACUGCUAUGUUAUGUUGUGGCAGCCACCAAUGUUUUUGUUUUUUUAGGUGGACGGGACUGUUGGAAGAACUCCAUGACUUGUAUAGAGACGUGACUGGAGCCUGGACAUCCUUCUGGGGGAAGCUCCCUUAUUGUCACUCACUAACCCCCUGUCUGUAAUGCAUGCUUAUGUUUCUAGUCAUAGCAUGCUCUGUCUCAGGCCUCUGAUGUACAGGUCUGUUUGCCUAGGUACCUGUGUUUCUCCACCCUCUCCACCAUUUGAAAAGACUCACGUUUAAUGCAGAGGUAUGUGGGAGGGGGUGUUUAUGGAUGGUUGUACAUUUCAAAGGGUGACUCCUGGUCCCCACAUUUCAGCAGAGCAGAGUACUUGACUAUGUUUGUCUGUACCACUCAUCAAUGUGGACACUUUAGGAACAUUCAUGUUUUCAGUGGAAACCUGUAUAGGAGAGGUUUAUUGAGAUGAAAAAGGUUUACUACAUUCAUAGUAUGCAUGUGUGUCUGUUGAUUUCUCAAUGCAAACAUUGUAGAAGCGACACAAGUUGCACAUUAAUAGAAUUAGUUGUUGCUGAACAAUCUAUUUGUUUUAUUUAUUAAGUCCUCACAAAUGAUUCAUUGUAAAAUGUCUCCCAGUUACGACAACUGGUGAAGAGCUUUUAAAAACGUAAUGUAACUAAAUGUUUCUAAUAUAUGUGUUUAGCAAAGGGGGUGAUACAGUGUUGAAGCUGAAAUCAAAAUCACGUUUGUUUCUUUUUGUAUGGUAAUAGAUUUACAGAUCUCAUUUUCAGAACACCAAAAAGAAAAUGGUUAUCAUAUUUUGUAAAGUAAUAUCAUUCAUAGAGAAACAAACACCUUUUAAACAAGUGCAUUGCAAUGUCAUUGUGAAAUUGUAUCAAUUACUGGCUCUUACAAAUGAAUUUUAAUACCAAGAGUAUAGCCAAGUGCGGCUGCAGACCUCUUGUACAAUCUAUGCAUGACAUAUCCCUUAUGGAAAUGUUGGAAUUAGUUUGACAUGGAUAAAGUUGUCAUCAGAUAUGGUAAGAUACAAAUGAGAUGGUAGAACUUCGACAUUGCCAGUAGAGUGCAAUCUUUUUAAAUUCUCUGCUUUUUCUCCAUUUUUAGAUGAGCCCAAAGUGGUGGAAUAAUCUCCCCAGUUCUCUAGUGGCAUGUGUUUUUAACAUCUUGCCCCUUUUGAAUAUAGUUAGACAAUGUUGGUGUACAGAUCACUUCAGUCACUGAACAGGUUUAUGAUUCCAUGAGAUAUUAUUGAAACAACAUUAAUUCAACAAUGAAUGCUUCCACAUAGUGAUUAUUUCAGCACCAAAGUGUCAUUUUCUUGCAUGUCACUGCUGUACGUGAAAACACGGUAUGUUGUGUUUUUUAAGACUUACUAUGCACUCCGUCAGCCUGUCAUGUAUGCUGUGUUUAAUGGUGUCUGGGUGAGGAGGUCUCUGUAUAGCUGACCACUAAGUGUCUUCAGAAAGUAUUCAUACCUCUUCACUUGUUCCACAUUUUGUUGUGUUACAGCUGGAAUUUUUCUCACCCAUUUACACACAAAAUGUACGCAAAUGUAUUGAAAAUUAAGUACAGAAAUAGCUCAUUUACAUAAGUAUUCACACCCUUCAGUCAAUGCAUGUUAGAAUCACCUUUGGCAGUGAUUACAACUGAGUCUUUCUGGCUAAGCAUCUAAGAGCUUUGUACACCUGGAUUGUAGUAUUGGCUCAUUAUUCUUUACAAAAAUGUUCAAGCUCUGUCAUAUUGGUUGUUGGUCAUUGCUAGACAACCAUUUUCAUGUUCUACCAUAGAUUUUCAAGCAGGUUUAAGCCACAACUGUAAAAAUUCACUGUCUUGAUAAACAGCUCCAGGAUUGAUUCUCCAGGCUUUGUGUUUUAAGUUAUUGUCCUGCUGAAAGGUGAAUUCAUCUCCCAGUGUCUGGUGGAAAGCAGACUGAACCAGGUUUUCCUCUAGGAUUUUGCCUGUGCUUAGCUCCAUUUCAUUUCUUUUUUUUUUAUGCUGAAAAACUCCAGUCCUUAACAAUUACAAGCAUACCCAUAACAUAAUGCAGCCACAACUAUGUUUGAAAAUAUGGAGAGUGGUACUCAGUAAUGUAUUGUAUUUGCCCAUAACAUAACACUUUGUAUUCUUGGCAGAAAUGUAAUUGCUUUGCCAAUUUUUUUGCAGUAUAACUUUAGUGCCUUGUUGCAAACAGGAUGCAUGUUUUGGAUUGUUUUUUAUUCUGUACAGGCUUCCUUCUUUUCACUCUGUCAAUUAGGUUAGUAUUGUGGAGUAACUACUAUGUUGUUGAUCCAUCCUCUGUUUUCACCUAUCACAGCCAUUAAACUCUGUUUUAAAGUCACCAUUGGUCUCAUGGUGAAAUCCCUGAGCGGUUUCCUUCCUAUCCUGCAACUGAGUUAGGAAGGACACCUGUAUCUUUGUGGUGACUGGCUGUAUGGAUACACCAUCUAAAGUAUAAUUAAUAACUUCACAAUGCUCAAAGGGAUAUUCAAUGUUUGCUUUUUUUUCUUCUUUUUUUUACCCAUCUACCAAUAGGUGCUCUUUACAAGGCAUUGGAAAAUCUCCCUGGUCUUUGUGUUUGAAAUUCACUGCUCGACUGAGUGACCUUACAGAUAAUUGUAUGUGUGGGGUAUAGAGAUUAGGUAGUUAUUAAAAAUCAUGUUAAACACUA